CCAUCGCGAGCGUUUACGCGGUUUCGUGGUUUUGUGGAGUCAACGAGUUUCGUGUGUGUUCUUUCCUUCAUCGGGUGUUACUCUCGUCGUUGUCGUUUGUAGUUCCGCUCCCAGUUCCUGACGCGUAUGCUCCUCGCCGUCGCCUGAGCCUUGUGUGUUAUUUUGACAAGUGUGCACUCCUCGGUGGCGUAUGAAGCCACGCGCGUGACGAUUCCGACUUCAAGGUGAUUAGUGAUAGCAUUUUGGUGGGUAUUAUUUUUUCGGUUCUUCCGAUAAUAAUACCAUUCAGAAGGGUAUCCAGGAGUGAAGUUAUGUGUAAUCAUUUUCCCACACGUAAUGAAGCAGUGGUAGAAGUUCGUUUGUAACGGUUGUGACCUCUGCAACGGAAGUCUUUUAAAGUGCUUAUUUUCGGAGGAAUGUGAAUGCGGUGGCUUUGUGAAGUAAUCACGGAAGAAAAAGUGCGCUGAAAAUAAGCACAUGCACAAUCAGCGAAAAAAAGGGAAGAAGAGAAAUGGUGAUGGCCAAAUGUAAUGAUGAUUGAUUGUUUUUUGUUGUUCCUCGGUCAAUUGUGGAGUCCAUCAGGUCUUAUUUGACUUGCUGGAAGUGCUGUGGCAGCAAUUGUUCAUUCGAAUGCAAAGCAAUUGGCAAAAAGUCUGUGAAGUAGUGAAAAUUGACGGAUGAGAAGAAAAAUGUGACACUAAUUACGAGUGGAAGUUUUUGUUGUGAAGAAAGCAAAGCCUUGCUUCUGAUUUGGCAAUGAAAGCAAAACCAAUGCAAAAUAUCAUCGAAUCACGUCAAGUUCAAAACCAUGGAAGCUACCUCAAGGAGGAAAAAAGUGGUAAACCAAGCGAUUAAUUAACUAAUUGGUGGUGAAAAAAGAAGCUUUGUCGAAUCUAAUCGACGCCAAUCACGCAAGUCGGAAAUUUUGGAACGGAAAUUACUGCGGGGUAGAGUUUUUUUUUGUUGCGUCGAUCAGUUAGCAGUGCUAGUUAUCAUUCGUGACGACGAAGGCCCCACCGUUAGGUUGUCACGAAAUCGUGACCUAAGCCAAAAACGGAAGCACGGCAUUUUUCCCGUGCCGGAAUUUGACAUUUAGACCAGCCAGAGUUUACGAGCAUAACCAUGCCACAUCCGAUGUCGCCACAGUCACCGGCGCCAACGUUUCUGAGCAGCAGUCGAGGCAGCAGUAUACACCUUCCGGAGUACGAUUAUGACGAGCCGAAACCGGCAAAGAAAGUGCUUGCCAAGGCCAUCUACGAGAACAUUGCGGAGAGCACGGAUGAGUUGGCCUUCCGGAAGGGUGACAUCCUCACCGUCAUCGAAACGGACACGAGCGACCUCAAGGGAUGGUGGCUCUGUCAGCUGCGGGGGCGACAGGGUAUCUGUCCCGGCAAUCGGUUGAAGAUUAUUCAACCGCACGAUUCCGGUUGCUUUACGUUGUCCCCUGCCUCGUCACCCUGUCCCUCGGUUGGCCCGGGAACCAAUCUAAACAGCCCUGUGCCGAGCGACAUCUACGAGAACACAUCCACCGGCAGUUCCUACGGUCAAAAGCAGCAGGGCAAGCGGAGAUCAUGGCACAUUAAUCCCAACAAGGUUCUGACACCCCAGAAAUGUGGAGACGUGUAUCUGUAUGAUCUGUUACCAACUCCGACGCGUGGCGGUAGCCCAUUCCAACAGCACUCGACCUCAUCAGACCCACUAGACACAUACGACGUUCCGAAGCCGCCGGUUCCCAUAAACUACGACUCACCGCGACCGUGGUCACGAACGCCGCCCCAUUACAGCCAUCAUCCGCAGCAUCAUCAUCAUUCCCCGCACACACCCAAUCUCGCUCAGCACCACCAGAGUCACCAGCACUUCAACUAUAGAAUGGAGGAGUCUUACGAUGUUCCCCGGCCGGUGAACAAUCUACUGGCUCAACAGCAGAAUCUUACCCCCAGCAGUUCCAACUCGUCUCUGCUCACCUCGGACAGCCUCAGUCUGUCUUCCUCGAACCGAUCAUCGUUAGCCAACAUGCCAGAUUAUGACGUUCCCCGGAGAAAUCCCGUCUCGAUACGGUCCACACCACCCCCACCCCAGCAGCAGCAGCAUUCCCAACCACCCGGUACUCCACACUCCCAAUCCAGCGGCAUUUUCAGCAGCAACAAUUCGAUGUCCAUUUCAUCGUUCUCCUCCAGCACUAGUACUUAUGAUGUUCCUCAGACGCCACUUCAUCAACAGCAGCAGCAGCAAGUACAAACCUCGCAAACACCGCAGCCCAACAAAGAAUUACCUUUGGAAUUGUCCUCCGCGCUGGAAACCCUCGCGAGGUUACAAAACGAAGCAACUGCCGCUGUUUCAAGGCUGCUCGGAUUCGUAUCCCCCAACUGGCGAACCAAGGAGAAAUUGGAUCCGAUACUGAUGGAUCUCAAGUUAGCCGCUGUGCGGCUCCGUACCGCCCUGCACGAUUUGGCCGAGUUCGGCGACGGUGCACUGGGAAAUGCCUUCAAGGCGGAAGAUAAAGGCAUAGCCCAAAAGCUAAAACCUCUGGUCAAGGCGCUGCGCGAUGCCGACAAGCUCGUUCACGAAGCAUCCCAGAACCUGGACAACCAAGGCUGGACCAUGGUAACGCUCCAGCGACCGGAGGCAACCCAGAAGCUCCAACAACAGCUACCUCCCGACAGUUUGGACCAAUUGAUAGCCUGCGCCCAAACCCUCACGGAAGACGUCCGGCAGACGGCUUCCUUCAUCCAGGGCAACGGCACACUGCUGUUCAAGCGGACAUCAACCGCAACUGCAACAUCCACUGCCAGCACACCUCUGACUCCUACCGGAAAUAAAGUUACCCCUGGAACUAACACCACCAGCAGCAGCAACAGCGGUAGCAACAACAAUAACGGGGACUGGCCGGAGGAUUACGACUACGUAAGCCUCGAAUCGAAAGAGGCUUCGGCGAAAUCGAACGCCGAAAUUCAUGACGCACUGCCAAAAGAUUUGAAGAAAAACUUCGAGAACGUCGUGCGCAACGCAGACGCGGCGGCCGCCGUUUGCAGCGAGAAGACGGAGACACUCGAUCCGAACGAUAAAUCCGUGCUCGUGUACUACGCAUCCCAAACGGUAACGCACAUGGGUUACCUGACCCAGGCGAUAGACGCAUUCCUGCAGACGGUAGAACACAACCAGCCGCCAAAAUUUUUCCUAGCAUACGGGAAGUUUGUGGUGCUCAGCGCCCACAACCUGGUCAACAUUGGGGACAUCGUGCAUCGGAACGUUUCACGGGAGAACGUCAAGACCCGGGUGCUCCAGUGUGCCGACGCACUGUCGGAAGCGCUGAAAACGUGCGUUGCCAAAACGAAAAAAGCGGCUCAGCACUUUCCCAGCGUUACGGCCGUCCAGGAGAUGGUCGAUUCGGUGGUGGAUAUCUCCCACCUGGCUAGCGAUCUCAAAAUUGCAAUGCUCGAAGCGGUACAACAGUAGAAAUGGUGGUAAAUAGUGAAAAUUCGAUUUGGGCUCAGUGUGGAUAGCAAGCGCAUGGUUGGUUCUCAUGGCUCAAGAUUUACGCGACUCGUGUGCGAGCGUCCGUAUGUAAAAGUGACUCCAUGAUAUUCCUGGAACCACGGUGAGCAUUAGGUUUUUGAGAACUUCUUUUCUCAGGAUUCAUAAAGUGUUUGCAGCGAUGUUUUUUGAAAAGCUUGAACUGCCUUUUUCAAAGCCGGUUCAGGUAGAAAAUUGUUCUAGAAUGCUUUUGAUAGACUGUAACUGUCAAAAACAGCGAACAACAGCAUCUGAAAUUUACCAAAAAGGUGGAACUUUUUGAUGUGGUGUUGCAAUUGAAGGACACACUUUAGUAAAAGUGAUGAUGUAACAUCUCCCUCUUAAGAAAACACGUAGUCUUGAAGACGUUGUGGAAGCUUUACACUCCACGUAUUGGUCUGGAUGGUAGUGACGUAGAACACUUAGAUGGGACUGAGAUGGGAUCAAAUAGUUUUUCCUAAGGUUUGAUUCAUUUAGAAUCCGGAGUCACAAAACCGGUCGUAUCUCGGAUUUGGUUAAAGGUAAAAAACAUUUUUAAUUCAAAAUGCAGAUAAUUUAUUGUUCUUUAUAGAAAAAAAAUGCUAAAAAAAUAUUCCGUUACAUUUCUGAUGAAUGUUCGUACUUUACUUCGGAUGCCUUCAUCAAAGUUUACACACUCUGUUGAUCAACUUUAGCGGCCAUUUUAUUUCACGAUCUCUUCAUGUCUGUAACAUCCCGAGUCACUUUGGCACCCUUCUUAAAUUUUUGCUUUAACAAUUGCCCAUUAUUUUUUGAUUGGGUGGAAUUGGGGGCAAUUGGGAGGAUUGAGGUCUUUUUCAAUGUAAUCGACCCCAUUGUCACGAUGCCACUGCAGCAUCUCUCGACAGUAGUGGCAGCUUACCAAAUCUAACCAAAAUAUCGAAGAACCUCUGUGAGCCCCCUAAUAAACGGAAAGAAACGUUUCUUCAGACACUAUUCCCUAGAGAUUUUAGAAUCCAUUGUCUGGUUUUGACAAGAAUCUUAGUAUUUUGUACACAGUUGCAAAUCCGUGGAGGCGUUCUGGCGUAGUGGUAACAUCCAUACCUCUCACGCAGUUAUCACGAGUUCAAUUCUCACUCCCGACAUUCUUCCAAAAUCGAAGUAAAAGUGACGAACCUGCCGAAAUGUGUUGAAAGUCACUAUAAUAGAGAAAAAAAAGUUGCAAAUCCGUUGCUAAAUCAGCAACUCCCUGUUAAAUUUAUCAGCAAAAACGAACUUAAAUUUGCUGAGGACAUCUCCUCUGGUAGUGACCAGGGAGCUGUACAAAAUCCAUAUUGACGUACGUUUCGUUAACCAUCAGCAUGCCUCCUUCGUACUUGGUCAAACCGAGUUCCCCGGUCCACCUUAAUUGUUCACAAUACCUUCAACUCACCCUCCGAUCGUAAAUUCCACUACAACGCUUCCUCUGAUCCAUCCAAACAAAAGUUGCACGUUCACGGAACCAGCAAUUUCGCUAUUUCAAUACCUAACCACGCCAGAUUUUUAAUAUGAGUGUUCGAAAUCAAAUUUCUUCUCUCGGUGAAUUUACUGAAAGAAUAUUAAGUUUACAAUUACAAUUAAGUUUAGCAAUGAAAUGAAAAAAAUCAAGCUUAUUGAUGAUUUCCAAAAAAUGACCGAACGUUUGAAUUAACUCCACUCAUCAAAUUCUGCACAGUAGUCUUUGUGCACUUUCUGGACGCUUUUUAGACACUGUGCCUUCCUUGUUGAACUGCAGCUGGGAACAGUUAGGUGGGUUGAAGUCUUCUUCGAUGUUGUUUUCCGAAAACCACUGUAGAGUGGAUUUGGCAUAAUGUGUCGAUGCCAAAUCCGGCCAGAAUAGAGGAGGAACCUAGUGCUUUCUAUAAAGUGGAAGCAAUCUCGUCUUCAAGCAUUCUCCCACAUAAAUUUGAGCAUUUAUAACCCCUUUUACGAAAAAAGUUGACGAUCGCAUGCCACACGUGCAAAUGGCUUCCCAAACGAGCACUUUUUGGCCGAGUUUUUCCAUCGCAACAGUCGUAUCCGCUAAUGGUACACUCUCUCCAAUCGAUAUGGUAUAAAAUUGAGGUCCCGGCAGCGUUCUGGAAUCUUCUUUGACGUAUGUUUCGUCAUCCAUGAGAAUGCACUGGUUGGAAUUGUUCAAAAUACGCUCAUAUAGCUUUCGAGCUCGUGUUUUAGCGAUAUCCUGCUGCUCCGGUGUUUGUUUGGCCACUCUAAGCUUUUUUCUAGACUUCAGACCAUGUCUCUGUUUAAUCCGCUGAAUCAUCCCAACACUGGUUUUGAACUUCUUGGCCAAAUCACGAAUAGAUGCAGACAUGUUUUUCUGAAUAUAAUUUACUUUUUUUUUUGUUUACUUUUCGGCACAAUUCGAGAUUACUUGGUCCGGGUUUUCGCCCACUUUUGCUGAGAUCCUCGAAAGAACACUAAUUAUCGAACCUUUUAUUUCUCUAUUAUAGUGACUUUCAACACAUGUUGGCUGGUUCGUCACUUCCACUUCCAUUUUUGGAAGUCCGUACAUACCCGAUAUCGCUUCUCUCUUAACUCACAAACCGUAAUAUAACCAUCAGCGAAUUCAAUUUUGCAAUUAAACCACUCAAAAUGCUUCAUAUCGAAGCCAUAAAAAUUACAUCUCCUCUACUGGUGAGAACAGUUGAACUUUUUGGCGACAUCCCGUUGUCUCAGUGAAUUCUUAUUAUUGAAGGCACAAGAAAGAGAACGAAGUCCUUUUGCGUUCAUAAUUUUGGUAGGUCUCCCACUACCUUUAUUGCGAGUAGUUGUUGGGGAUUUAAGGAUAUGGUAAACAGACGAAGCCUCAAUAUGUUCUUUUUAAAAUGUUGUACCGUAUACUUCUUGCCGAGAUUUCGGUGCAGUUCGUAGAAAUGUACAACGCGCUCGCAAAAUGAUUCUUGUUUCGAUGGCAUUUUGAGGAUGCUGAGCAUGCAUGAACAAAACAAGAAAUACCAGCAGAAAGAGAAAUAGAGAACUAACACAUACACACUUUCAUAGCGUUCUUAAAAAAACCCCAAAAUUUUAGUUGCCACCCGUUAUUUGGUUCCAUGGUUCCAUGGCUCCUUCCCCACGAUGCGGAAUGAAUAAUAUCCAGAUUCUCACAGAAUGGCUAAAAUUCGUAUUCAGUAAACUGGGCUACAUUAUCGGACACUCUUUUGGGACACUAAAACUAGCACCACGGCCUUAUAAAGAGUUAACGAGCAGUGGCAAAUAUAUUGCCACCAAUUUACCAAAUGUUUCAAUAGUUAUCUUUUUAUCAAAAGAGAAUAUGUGUAAAGGGUUAAUCCAAUCAAAUGAUCAAGUUUUCUUGGUUAAAUCGAUAUGAGCCGAUUCACUUCUUGAUAGUUUUGUUUCUGGUAGUGUUAUCAGCUCGCUUUGUGACACUUUUAAGGUCCUUGGAUCGCUUGAUGAUGUCCUGAAAACUGUUAUUGGUUGAUACAUAGUGAAACCGCGAUGUCUCAUUCGCCCCUCAAGAUUCCGUGCAAGGUCAAGGGAUUUGUGAAAAUAUGAAAAAUAAAUACAAACAUUGGACGUAGCGAAACGAAGAACCUCCACUUGAAUGCUUCAGCCAAGAAAAAACAAAUAAAAAAACGGAUUCGUCGGGAAUGGUCGAUUCAUUUGAUCACCCAAAGAUGCUCAUCCAAAGAAGUGAAAACAUUACACCAAGUGCGCAAAACCGUACCUCAGAAUCCGAACAUCGACAUUUAAAAGACUUGAUCCGAUCAUGCCGCAUCCAUCCUUCCCAUCGAACAAACCAAUACUGUGUGUGAGGGCCAAUACUUACAAGAUAUGCCAAAUUUAUUAGUAGAACCGAGCGUGUCCGGUCUUUUAUGUAGUUGAUCUAUUAGCAAAGAUCAAACUUCGAGAGACCAGUGAGAACGGAGAAGACAUUUUAUAACCAUAAAGACACGAACCCGAAGGAGAAGAACAAUAACACAACUUAAACUUUUAAAUGUGAUAUUAAAUAACUGACGUGCAUACGCGCAUAUAAACAAAUGCAUUUGAAAAGGAUAGGAUUUGAUAGUUGUAAAACAGUUCGUAUAAGCGAGUGUUUUGACCACCUCGUCUACACAUAACAUCCUAAAGUUUAACACCACCAAACUUAAGCCACUUUUGUACAAACACUUCAUAUUAUUCUUUCGAAUCAGUUCGAGUUGUACCAUUUCUUGGUUCCAUUUCAUAAACUAUCAGUUUAGCUGUUUAGUAGGAUUAGA